AAUCAGAUUAAACCGGCAUUUUCGACGUUCCGGUCAGUAAUACUGUGGUCUCAUUUAUUUCAGUCGUGAUUCAACUUCUGGAUUGCUUCUUCUUUUCUGGUUCCAAAAAUGCAGGAGGACCAGCCGUUCAAAGUUGCCGUUGUUGGUGGAGGAAUAGGUGGUGCAAGUUCGGCUUAUUUUUUGAGGAAAAUGUUUGGCAAUAAAGUUUCUAUUACCCUUUUUGAAAAAUCCGGACGAAUCGGUGGUCGUAUCAAAGCGGUACCUUUUUGUGGAGAAACUUGCGAAUCUGGAGCUAGCGCCAUUCAUUCUAGUAAUCAUUACAUGACUUCGUUUGCAAAUCAAUUCAAAAUACCUUUGGUUCCUUUAAAAAAUGCUGAUCAUCGCUUACUUCUUUUUGAAGAAGGUUAUAAGCCAGUAUUUUCAAAUAUUACUGAUCAGACAACAUUUCUAACUCCGAUUCACUUAUUUUGGCGUUACGGCCUCAACUUGCUUCGUGCAAAGUUUUAUCUAAUGGCUAGAAUUCGAGAAUUCACUCAAAUUUAUGCUUUGCAAGAACGUGGUGAAUGUUUCACUUCACCCGGUUUACUAUUAAAAAAAUUAUCUAAACAUUUCCCUGAAAUGACAAAGUGUACUUUUGCUGAAUGGAUGCGUAAAGAAAUUGGAUUAGACGAGAAAUAUAUAAAUGAAUUAGGGUUUGGAAUAUUUUCGAGUAAUUAUUGUCAGAAUUCAGUAGAUGCUCAUGCAUUUGUCGGAGUGAUUUCUUCAGCUUGUACAGUAUCUGAUGUAUAUACUAUUGAAAAUGGAGCUGAACAAAUCCCGCAAAAGUUAGUUGAAGUUGCAUUGGCCGGCAAUCCUUCUGGUGCUCCAAAAGAGUUUAUACACGCUACGGUGAAGAAGAUUACACGAACCGAUAAUGAUAGAUUACGCUUAUCCUAUGAUCUAGCCGAUAAUAAUAAAACUGAAGAGGGACUUUUCGAUUACGUCAUAUUGUCAUUACCACUACAUCAAGAGUCCAAUAUUUCCACUUCAGAUGAUAUUAAACUACCCAGCUUACGUUAUCAUGAGAUGUGUCGUACAUUUUUAUCCGGUCAAAUCAAUUAUUCGUUAUUUGAUCUACCGUUAAAACAUCUGAAACGUAAUCAGUGGGCAACUUUUCUCCCAAUCUCAAGUUACUACUCAAAUGAAAAGCAUCCUGUAUGUUCUAUAACGCGCUUACCAGUUAAAUCAGAAGACUCAGAUUUGAAAGAUGGUGUUUGGAGUAUAUUUUCUGAAUCAAAAUACAUACUAGACCCAAAGACUGCUUUAUCGAAAUUGAUUUUAAAAUAUCCAGAUGACGAUCACAAUCGAAUUAAUGUUGUACGUUGGCUGGCAUAUCCAACCUAUCAUCCUGUUAAUGAUCCAGAUACUGAUUUGGGCCAGUUCAAAUUAGCACCAAGAGUUUACUAUCCAAAUGCAAUUGAAUUAACUGCUUCAUGUAUGGAAAUGGCUAUAAUCGGUGGACGUAAUGUGGCGUUAUUAAUUGCAAAUGAAAUGAAACAUUUAAGACAGGAUCAAAAUUCAAUGUUUACAACGUUAACAAAUUUCAUAAAAGGAGAAACAAACUGAAAUUCACAAUGUUCACAGUUUACUUUGUGAUUUCGUUUUUUUCUAUUUGGUGUUCAUUUGUUAUGACUAUCUUGCUUUAUGUUUCCUUUUUCUAAAAUAUGAUAAAAAGUUCAUUUACCCUGUAUUUUUGCUAAGAGUAUUCGGUUUCGUAUUAAACUCAUUCGAUGAGUUGAGUAGCAUUGAAUUAAUUUCGAGAUAUUUUCUAAUGAGUAUGUAUUCUUUGCUUGUGAUAUCAUUUAUGAAGUAUCGUGGUGUAUACUACUGAUGUUGACAUAUAUAAGUAGUAUGUAUCACCAGUCGAAAGUGGAAUGCCUGGCGAUGGAAGGUUGAGAAGAUCGAAGAGAACGAGAACAGAGAGUGAUUGCUAUGGAAACGAAGGAACGAUAAUGUCUGAGACAAUUGAUGGAUAUUU